AUGAAUUGCACUUAUCAUAUAAGAAAUCAAAUAUCAUGUAUAUGUUUAGCUCCUCACAAAUGUUUAUUUCAAAGGAAACUGUGUGCUCAAUGUCUUUAAGAACAUGAAAUCGAUGUAAAACAUGCAGUUCCAAUUAAUAUAUUUAAAAAAAUGGUUUUGAAUAAAUUAAAAGAAUAUAAGCUUGAUGAGACAUCUGAAUUAAACAAACAAAGAAUGAAUUUAAAAUCUAUGCUUUCUCAAACAGAAAGUAUGCUGAAAAAAAUUUGGGAAAAAUUAUAAGAAUCAAUUAAAUAAAUUUAUGAUAUCAUUGAGAUGUAAAAUAAAUUAUAUUCGAAUAUCAUAAAUGAAAAUACUAAUAUUUUUGAAUCGUCAUAUACUUACUUAGAAAAACUAAUAAAAAUUUUAGAAGGAACAACAUUAAAAAAUUGGAAUGAUUAAAGAAAUUCCUAUUUGAUAAAGUUGUAAAAGGUGUCGGAUUGGUGGGGUAAAGAAAUUAAAGUUUUUAACGAAAAGAUGAAGAAAUAAAUCAAAGAUAUUAUGUAAUCAAAUAAGUAAUAUUUAUAAAUUUACCUAAGGAAUCAACCAGUUUAAAAAUAAGAAUAACAAUAGUGUUUUGAGUCAAUCACUAUUUUAAAUUCUUUAACUUUUUCUGAAAAAUAUAAAUACCCUAGUUGUUAGGUAUCAGAAAAUGGAAAGCUCUUUUAUAAUCAGAGUCUAUUUUUUUCUUGUUUAUGCGAUUAGGUCAUCCCUACUCAAGGUAUUGUGAGAUUUGGUUAUUUAAUCCACGAUGUUAUUAAUAAUUAGACUAUGGUUGGAAUAGGAGCAAGAGAAAUGAUCUCUAAAUGUGGGUAUAUAAAUAUACAAGAUUCUGGUAAAGGGUAAAUAAUAUUUAUAAAUUUAGAGCUUAUCUUAUAAUGAGUAGUGGUUAUUGUUUUAGCCAUGAUCAAUAAGAGAAAUAUCAUAAUUAAAUUCCAUUCACUUUUACUAAAAAUGAUAUUAUUAUCAUAGAAGUUGAAAUUAAAAUAAAGUACGUUAAAUGGAUAAAGAAAUCAACUAAUUAAUCUUUUGUAAGGGUUUUAUGAAUAUAUAGCUUCUUGAUAUAGAUCCAAAUUAUGAAUAUUAUCCAUGUAUUAAUGGUCCAGGAAAAGUAGAAAUAUUGACUGUAUUAAGUUGA